ACCACACCUCCAACUUGUCCGCUUUCACAAGGUCACCGAGGGCAAAUAAUUUAUUACAACACUGGAAUAAACAAAAAUUAGCAAACUCUUAGGCUUUUUUCACAGUUAUGGGCAGCAAUCGUGAAGUGGUGUCAUCAUAAAUCUUCAUGCUCUCGCCGUUGAAUGAAUGCAUUGGGAACAAGCAACCAGAACAAGUGGACUCGACCCAGCAGACAAGCGUUUCAUAACUUAUAGACUAGGGUAGACAGGCUAGACUUCAGAAGUCUCAUAACUUCCAACAGUGUGGCUGUGUAAAGAAGUUGGACCACGUUUGUGAUCUCGAAGUCAGAUUUUACAUUUCUUGAAGCAUAUCACUAUCGUAAAAUAAGAAAACAUGAAGUGGCUCGAUAAACAAGUUCUUGCGCCUGUAGCAUUGGACGAAGCUCCAGUGGAACUUCCCACAUUUGAGCACCCAAAACUCGAACCAGAAAUGCCUCUCACAAGACUGAAGAUACGAAAUAAAAUACGAGGCUACUGUGAAGACUUUGAGAUCGACAAUGACGGGUACAAACGGAUAAUGAAUCUCCUUGAGCAUGAAAUGGACAAAGGGCUUGGGAAGGAAACAAAUGCCGCCGCUACCAUAAAAAUGUUCCCUACAUAUGUCCGCUCAUUGCCAGAUGGUUCAGAGGAGGGUAACUUCUUAGCUCUGGAUCUGGGAGGCACUAACUUUCGUGUACUUCUCAUCACACUACACGGGGGAGAGGUCAAGAUGGAGAGUAAAAUAUACCUUAUACCUCAAUACAUAAUGCAGGGUUCUGGGAAUCAGCUAUUUGAUCACCUGGCUGACUGUUGCGCUAAGUUCAUGAAAGCUCAUGCCAUCUCACAUCUCUCGCUCCCUCUGGGCUUUACAUUUUCAUUCCCCUGUAAGCAGCAUGGUAUCGCCUCUGCCAGCCUACAAACCUGGACAAAAGGUUUCAAGUGUGCUGGGGUUGAAGGGGAAGAUGUCGUAAGAAUGUUUCAUGAGGCUGUAAAACGGCGGAAGGAUAUCGACAUUACUUGUGUGGCAAUCCUGAACGACACAGUGGGAACGCUCAUGUCUUGUGCACAUGACGAUCACAAUUGUGAAAUAGGCCUGAUUCUUGGAACAGGCACAAAUGCAUGUUACAUGGAGAAGUUGGACAAUGUCGAACUCUGGGAUGGUGAUGACAAAGAACCCAAACAAGUGAUUAUCAACACAGAAUGGGGAGCAUUUGGUGAUAACAAAUGUCUAGAUUGGUUCAGAACACCUUAUGAUAAAGAAGUUGAUGAAUUUUCAUUAAAUGGUGGAAAGCAAGUGUAUGAGAAGAUGAUAUCUGGUAUGUACAUGGGUGAGAUAGCCCGAUUGGUCAUACUGAAGCUCACCCAAGAGGGCCUCAUGUUUGGGGGUGAAGUCUCAGAAGAGUUAGAAACUAGGCAAAGAUUCUACACUAAAUACAUAUCUGAAAUAGAAAGUGAUGAUGAAGAUGAAUUCAGAAAUACCAAGCAGGUAUUGGAAGAGAUGGGAAUUGAAACAUUUACUAUAGAGGACUGUAGAAAUGUGCGAUAUGUAUGUGAACAAGUGUCAACCAGGGCGGCAUAUCUCGCCUCAGCAGGUAUUGCAGUAUUACUGAAUAAGAUCAGCAAGCCAGAGAUCACAGUGGCUGUUGAUGGUUCCCUAUAUAAGUUCCACCCGAAGUUCCAUGAUAGAAUGGUAGACAAAAUCUCAACACUAGUCAAUCCAGGAAUUAAGUUUAAAUUAAUGGUAUCCCAUGAUGGGAGUGGCAGGGGCGCUGCCAUGGUAGCAGCUGCUGUCGCAGGAAUUCAUUUCAAGAAUGACGUCAUUGUAUCAGACUCUUAACAGUUCAAGUUAAUGAUGUCAAAUGAUGGCAGUGGAAAGGGGGCAGCACUGGUGGCUGCAGUAGCAUAUAGAAUACUUCAACAUCAACGACGGCAGCUAAGACUAUAAUAACAAUCUUUCAGUAAAAGUAUCAUCCUGGGAGGCCAUUUUUGGGAAAGAGACAAUUUCGAGAAUCCCCAAGAGGGCCUCUUUGGAGAACUAUGCAGAUGCCAUCUAUUGAGCUGUUCUAGAACAAUGUGAUAUGAAACAAAAUGCAGUGAGACCAUAUAAACCAGCAAGAAGAAUGAACAACUUUGCCAAAUAAUAUAAACUAUUAUGAACUUAUUGUGCUCUAUUUGUGGAGGUGUAUUAGAAUGUAGGUUUUUCUUGACUUACUUAUGUUUCUCAUUUGCUCAAAAGUAUGGUAUGCUUAAUAUUUUGUUCAAAAGUUGGAAAAUGAACUGUCACGAUGAAGUAAAUGAGUUAUAAUUAUUAUUAACAUUUGUCAAAGGGUUAUAUUUUUUAUGCAUCAUUGAUUUCAUGAAAGUCCACCCUAAUGUUGUCAUUAAUCAUAAGGGAUGGUGUCUAGCUGUUGACAAUUGCGGUUCAACAAAGUUG